CUUUCCCCGUGGCCCCGCCCCCUCGUCCAAUCCAGCCAAUCGCGCGCUGUAAACACGGCUCUAAGCCACGCCUCCUCCUCUCAGGCCACGCCCCCCGACGCGCCAAUGGCCGCCGGCGCCGCCGAGCCGGGCGCAGCGCGAGGACCCCGCGGCGGGGCGGGGCUGCCCGAUGCGCUGCCUGUAUCGCGGGGCGGGAUCCCGGCCCGGUGCCGCCGCUCGGUGCCGCCGUUGAUCCGAUUCCCAUUGAGGCGGUGUCCGCCGUCGGGCCGCACCGUCGCCCAUCGUUGCCCGUUCCCGUCCUUUGGCGGUAGCGGCGCUCGGUGUCCGUCCCAUCCUCAUUCCGUGCCCCGGGGGUGUCCGCCGCUCCCGGUAACGGCCCGGUGCUCCCGGUGCUCUCAGAACGGAGCCCUGGGGUGUCCCUGCUGCUCCCGGGCCGGUCCCGUUAUUCCCGGCUCAGCCCCGGUUGUGUGUGUGGGGUCUCAUGUCCCGGCCCGGUGCCUCCCGGUUCCUCCCGGCGGUUCCCGGUCCCGCUCCCGUCGCUCCGUUCCCGUUUGUACCCGCGGUGGCUCCGCCCCGGUCCCGGUGGGCGUGUCUCAUGCAAAUACCCCGGUAGUGGGUGGGGGCGAACCGGGGCCCCCGAUUUAAUUUAAUUUUUUCCUCCGUCAGCGCCGCGAUGUUGAAUUUUUUCCCGUUCCCUCCCGCCGUUCCCCCGUUCUUCCCUCCUCCCUCCGUUCCCCCCGCUCCGGUUCGGUGUCGGUUCGUUCAUCAGGCACCUCGUUGAACCGCUACGUGUCGGUGCCUGCUUGGGGUCCUGCCUCCGGAGCCCGUGCGGGGAUGUGUGGGAGACCCCGCGCCGGCCGCCGCUCAAACCUCACGUUGACAUGGACGAUGAGGACGGCCGGUGCCUGUUAGAUGUCAUCUGUGACCCUCAGGCCCUCAACGAUUUCCUGCAUGGAUCCGAGAAGAUUGACAGUGAUGAUCUCCUGGACAGCACAGGAGAUGCAGCCAGCGCCUUUUUUGAGGGUGCUGGGCUGCACGUCCAGGAGUCCUCGGGCACCCACCUGACGGCGGAGCAGAGCCAGCCCAGCGCCAGCGUGGACCUGGACUUCCUGGAGGAUGACAUCCUGGGCUCCCCUGCGGGCGGCGGGGCCGCCCUGCCCAGCUCGGAGCAGCCGUGCGACAUCCUGCAGCAGAGCCUGCAGGAGGCCAACAUCACCGAGCAGACUCUGGAGGCCGAGGCCGAGCUGGACCUGGGCUCCUUCCAGCUGCCCACGCUGCAGCCCGUGGUGCAGGCGGCGUCGGACGCGGCCCCGCAGAUCUUCUCCGGCGGCGCCGACCUGAUCGGGCUGCAGCCGCCCGCCGUGCUCACGCACCAGGCCUUGGUGCAGCAGUCGGUGGGGGCGGACGUGGUGAACAAAGCCAUCAGCGUGCAGCCCUUCCUGCAGCAGGUUGGGCUGGGCAACGUCACCAUCCAGCCCAUCUCCAACCUGCAGAGCCUGCCCAACGGCAGCCCCGGCGGCGCGCUGGGCAUCGGCCCCAUCCAGGUGGUGGGGCAGCAGGUGAUGGCCAUCAACCAGCCGGCGCAGCAGCUCAUCGCCAAGCAGGUGCAGCCGUCCCAAGUGGCCACGGUGCCCGUGGGCAGCUACAUCACGCAGCCGGCCCCGGAGCAGCAGCAGGUGACGCUGACGUCGGCCGGGGUGUCCCCGCAGGGCGCAGGGCUGGUGAUCCAGAAGAACCUCCCGGCCGUGGCCACCACCACGUUGAACGGCAGCUCGGUGUUCGGCGGCGUGUCGGGGGCGCAGGGCUCGCAGCCCCUCACCGUCACCUCCAACCUCAGCAGCCCCCUGGUGCAGGCGCAGAACGUCAUCAUCCACCGCACGCCCACCCCCAUCCAGCCCAAACCCGCCGGCGUCCUGCAGCAGAAGCUCUACCAGAUCAGCCCCAAACCCUUCGGCUCCAACAACGCCACGCUCACCAUCCAGAACGAGGCCGCCCUGCAGCAGCAGAAGGCGCAGCAGAACCUCACCUUCAUGGCGGGGAAGCCGGCCCAGAACGUGGUGCUGUCGGGCUUCCCGCAGGGGCUCCCGGCCAACGUCUUCAAGCAGCCGCCGCCGCAGCAGCAGGCGCUGAGCAAACCCAUGAGCGUGCACCUGCUGAACCAGGGCGGCAGCAUCGUCAUCCCGGCGCAGCACAUGCUGCAGGGCCAGAACCAGUUCCUGCUGCCGGGGCAGCUGGCGGGCGCCUCGGCCGUGCAGAUCCCGCAGCAGCUCUCGGCGCUGCCGGCCAACGUGGGCGGCCAGAUCCUGACAGCGUCGCACGGCGGCGGCCAGGCUCACAUCAUCACCAGCCAGGGCCCCGGUGGGCAGCUCAUCGCCAACCAGGCGCUGCCGGCGCAGAUCCUCACCAACCAGAACCUGGCCGGCCAGCUCAACCUGGGCCAGGUGCUGACCUCGCAGAACGCCCACGGCACGGCCCACAUCCUGUCGGCUCCCAUCCAGCUGCAGCCCGGCCAGGUGGGGCAGCCGGCCUUAUUCCAGAUGCCGGUGUCGCUGGCUGGCGGCCUCACCACGCAGAGCCAGCCCUCGGCGGCCGCGUCUCUGCCCGGCGCCGCCAUCAGCCAGACGGGGCAGACGGUGAUCCAGGGGGUGACGCUGCCCAGCCAGGUGGCCAUGCUCAAUGCGGCCGAUGGACUGGGCCAGGCCGUCAGCAUCCAGCCCUCGGGCAGCAGCCAGAGCCCCGGCCUGCUCCCCCCGCAGCCCGCCCCGGCCGCAGGACUCCUGCCCAGCACCACGGACCCUCCCGCGUCCAUCCUGGCCAUCCAACCCUCCUCUGCUCCUCCCGCAGCACCUGCCCCGCUGCAGCUGAGCGUGCAGCCCCCUCCGGCCGCCCCUCCGGCCGCCCCGCUGCCUGCAGCCUCCCAGCCCAGCCCCGGCCUGGCCUCCAGCCCCGAGAAGAUCAUCCUGGGCCAAACGGCCGCCGGGGCCGUCAUCAACCAGGACUCCAUGCAGAUGUUCCUGCAGCAGGUGCCGCAGGGGAUCAUCCUGCAGACGAAGCAGCAGACUCCCACCAGCCAGGCCUCCCCCGCGCUGAGCCAGUUCAGCAGCCAACCCUCCUCCGUGCUGGUCAGCAGCCAGGGGCAGCCGGUGACGGUGACGGCGACACCGAGCCCCGCGCACAGCCACGCACCCAGCGCCGGGCCGCCCUCCAGUGCAGGUGGCAGCGCCCCCCCUCCCUCUGACAGCAAACCCUUCUCCAGUGCUGCUGCGCCCAUCGCUGCCGGGAAGGGACCCACGGCCACGGGGAAACCAGGAGCAUCCCUGGCGAUGUCGCAGCCGGUGCAGACCAAACCAGGGGUGAUCAGCUCCGUCUCCAGCCUGAACCUGGGGAAGGGGCCGCUGCAGAUCCAGGUGGUGGGGAAGGGGCUGUCGCAGCUCGUGCCCUCGGUGCAGAGCCAGCAGCUGUACGACAGCAAGCUGGGGAGCCUGAAGAAAACCCCGACACUACAGCCCAGCAAAGAGGCCUGCUUCCUGGAGCAGCUGCACAAACAUCAGGGGGCGGUGCUGCACCCCGACUACAAGAGCUCCUUCCACUCCUUCGAGGACGCCCUGCAGAGGCUGCUGCCCUACCACGUCUACCAGGGGAUGCUGCCCUCCGCCCAGGACUACAGGAAGGUGGAUGAGGAGUUCGAGGUGGUGUCCACGCAGCUGCUGAAGCGCACACAAGCGAUGCUGAACAAAUACCGCCUGCUGCUCCUCGAGGAGUCCCGGAGAGUCAGCCCUUCUGCGGAGAUGGUGAUGAUCGACCGCAUGUUCAUCCAGGAGGAGAAGACCAUGCUGGCUCUGGAUAAGCAGCUGGCCAAGGAGAAGCCAGAUGAAUACGUCUCGUCGUCAUCCCGCUCCCAGAGCCUCUCCUCCGCAGCAGCGCAGCCCUCCUCCUCCUCCUCCUCCUCCGGCCUGGCGCCCGCGGCCGACAGCUCCAAGGCUCCCACGGUGCAGACGGCCACGGCCAUCAACCCCACCAAGCUGGUGAUCAAACACAGCGGCGGAUCCCCGUCGGUGACGUGGGCCAAAGCCUCCCCCAACCUGGACGGCGACGACGACGCGCUGCCGUCGCGCAGCAAACCCCCCAUCAAAACCUAUGAGGCGCGCAGCCGCAUCGGCCUCAAGCUGAAGAUCAAGCAGGAAGCCGGGCUCAGCAAAGUGGUCCACAACACCGCGUUGGACCCCGUCCACCAAACGCCUCCGGUCUGCAGGGUGAUCAAAGCCGCCGAGCAGCACUCGGCCGCCGCUGGGCAGAUGAACGGCACCGUGGAGCACGGCAGCACCGCGCCGGCCGAGAAGAAAGCGGCCGUCACCUUCUGCCGCCUCCCCCUGCGUAAAACAUACCGGGAGAACGUGGAUGCCUUCGUGGCCGAGAAACCGACGGAGAAAGGAGCCGCCAAGGCCGACAAAGGGCUCCUGAAACAGGAGGACGGCACCCGCGGCGUCAUCACGGCGCACAAAACGCACGAGAGUGCCGAGCGCGGCCGCGCAGACGACGGCUCCAAGCUGCUCUUCUUCGGCCGCAGCGACGCGCGUUCCUUAGUGCUGCACGGCAGCCCCGUCCCACAGAAGAGCGACGACUCAACCAGUGGCCUUAUGAAGGAACUCGCGGAGGUGGAAGAGGAGUUCUACCAUGGCAUGAUCAAAUCCGAGCCCCCCGACCACGGCCCCGGCCCCGAGCUCAGCUGGGAGGUGCCGCUGCCGCCCGCCAAGCGCAGGAAGUCCGAGUCCUUCGAGGUGGACAACGCCAGCUUCUCCAGCGACAGCCCGCAGGACGACUCGCUCAACGAGCACCUGCAGAGCGCCAUCGACAGCAUCCUCAACCUGCAGCAACCUCAGACUGGCGGCCAGAACGUCCGCACCCCUUCCUCCUCAUACAACUCCUCCUCCUCCCCUUUCUCGUCGCCCGUCCACCGCACGGACGCCUACCUUGCCCCCAAUCACAACGGCGGCCUUGGAGCGAGGACGUUGAACAGAUAACAGCGAACCACGACCGGCCCAGGAAAGGGGAAAGGCUGGGGGGGAUGGUGGGGUGGGGUGGGGGGUCCCGCGGCGCUCAGCCCCCUCCGUCACCAGUGCGGGGUAAUGGGGGGCUCUGUGCCAGGGCGGAGCAGCGGGGCCUGUAGGUGUUGUUGGCUGUGUAAUUAGAAUCUGUAACAAGAUGACGAGUAUCUGAUCGGUCUCUGUUCUCUUCCCCCGCCCUGGCCGCCCUCAGCGCGGAGCAGGGCGCGAGGCAGAGCCGUGGGAGGCCAAAGAGGACUCUGCCGCCGUUGCCGCGUGCGGAGGCGACGUUUCUUCUUCUUCUUCUUCCUUCUUUAAGUUAUUUCCCAGCCCUGCGGGCCGGCAGGGACCCCCCCAUCGUCGGGCAGAACACGGUGAGACCCCAACGGCUACAAUGGAAGGUUACUACAGACAGGAGGAGGUGGGGCUGAGUCCCACCACGACGCACCCACAGCUCCAUGGAGGCGGAAGGGUCGGAUCCCAGCGCUGCACCGCGGCCGUGCCGGGGCUGAACCGCAAUGAAGACACCGGGAGGCUUUGAAGGGAAACGCUGGGUCCCGGUGCCAGGAGGAGGAUCUGGUUUAAUUGGGCAGGGCCGUGCCUUCCUCCCUCACCUUCCUGCUCUUCUCUGCCCCACAUGAAUGAAGGCGACAACCUCCAGAGCCAGCGCUGCCCCACUGAUGUGUGGGGUGUCCCUAAAAGGGGCAGGGAUGUGUCUGUGUGUGUGUGUGUGUGUGUGUGUGUGUGUGUGUGCAACGAGCUGCCAAUGGAUCCCAUCCGGAACAAGGAGGCCCAGUUUGGGUGGAAAAAGGUGAAAUUUGGGGAAGGAAGGUCGGAUUGAGCCAACGCUGAACGUCGGGUUCAAGAAAUGCCCAAUGGGGAACGUCGGGUUCAAAAGGAUUUGGAGAAGGAAGAACUGAAGGAUGAAUUGGGCAGCGCUGGUUUGUGGAGGGCGCUGAGCUGGAAGGAAUUUACACCUGAAAAAGGCAGAAUUUGGGGCUCCCCCAGAUGGAGGAAUGGCAGGAAACGCAGCUCAGUGAUGGGAACCCAACCAGCUCCUGGGAGCCCCACAGCUGGACGGGAUCAAUCAAUGCAGCCCCCCCGGAGCCGCAGCUGCAUUGGAAGACCCAAACCCAACACUGGGGGGUGCUGAUGGCGCUGAGACACCAAAUUGGGUCAGAACCAUUCACCAUCCUCAGAACCCAGCUCUGUCUGAACAGCCAAAGGGAGGAUGGCACCGACGGCACUGGGAUGAUGAAUAUUGGAUCAGAACCCACCUCCAUCCCUACAACAGAACCAAGGAUGGCACUGACGGCACCGGGAUGAUGAAUAUUGGAUCAGAACCCAGCUCUAUCCCUACAACAGAACCAAGGAUGGCACCGACGGCACCGGGAUGCUGAAUAUUGGAUCAGAACCCAUCUCCAUCCCCACACCAAACCCAGGAUGGUUCUGCCAGCACCGGGCCACACAGUCCAUGCCUUCCCCCCCCUCCGCUGUUGUCACACACGUCACUCAGCGUUGAGCAAUUCACCUUUUUUGGGGUGAUUUCCCCCAAAUCCAUGACCCGAUGCUGUUGGCAGCGCUGGGUCCAUUUCUGCCCGUCCGUUGGAGCGGCGCCGACUGCUGCCUCCGCCCGCCCUCAUUUUUCUCCCCCCUUUCAUUUCUUUUUCUGUUUGCUUGGUUUUUUUUUCUUACUUUUUUUUCUGCCUUUUCCCUUCUUUUUCACUUUUUCCAUGCAGAAAUUGGCUGCUCUGGGCCCAGGAUCCGCCGUUGGUCGCUCUCAGCUCCUCGGUGCCUGAACCCCCCCGGUUCCACAUCACUGUCCUGUGCCCCCCAACCCCCCUUUGCCUUUUUGCUUUUGGCCCCGUUUUGCCUUUUUUCUGCCCAAUUUCACACCCCACCCCCCCAUUUCUCCUCAUUUUCCACACCCAAAAGAGGCCUUAAAGCGCCCGACUCCCACCGGGAAGAUUUCGUGGCCAAAAAAUGGAAGAAAUCACCCCAAAACUCCACACUUUGGGGUCAGCCCUUCUCCCCAUUGUCGGCUCUUGGGAUCCCGCGUCCCAUUUUCAUCCUUUUUUUGCCCAAAAUGUCCCAAAAUGAGGAGCUCGGUGUGGGGGGGGAGACUCUGCUUUCAGCCCUUCCGGCUCCAUUUGGCUCCGCUCCCAUUGACGCUCCCUGGGAUGGCAGCAAUAAAAGGGGCGGCAUUCGGGCCUUUGCUCUUUAUAUAUAUACAUUUAUAGAUAUUUAUAUAUAUAUAAAAGACCCAAAACACCCUCAAAACGCGGACGUCCGAUCGUUGGCUUUUCCUUUGGUGUCUUAAAAUGAUCGUUUUUUAAGUGAGAAGGAAAUGUGGAUUGGGAUUCAUCGCGCCUCGCUUCUUCCUUUCGCUCUGAGCCGCUGGAGAACCCCCAAAAUCGCCUGUUUUCCACCCAAAAAGCCGUUCUGCCUCGACGUUCCCCCCCAAAACCCCCCAA